GUCGCUUGUUGCUAAUCGCCAUUAGUUUAUCCGUGUGCCUGGCCUGUGGCAGUGUGUUGGUGGCCGCGAUUGCCUUGCGCCGCUCGGCCAACGCAACAGCUGCAUUAGCAGCAACACUAGCGGCAGCAGCAGCAGCGACAUCAGCAGCAGCAUCAGCAGGAGCAGGAGCAGGAGCAGGAGCAGGAGCAGCAGCCUCAUCCGCAGCAGCAUUAGAAGCGGCAACAACGCGCAGGAUACGGCACAAACGUCGCUCGUCGCAACGACGGCGCAGCAACAACAACGCGGUGCUGUCAUCUGGGACUGGGACUGGCAUCGGGAUCGGGCUUGGACUGGAAACCAAUUCGGCUCUGGCCCUGCCACUGGCAACCACACCACCAACAUCGGGCUCCACAGCAGCGGAUCAGACAGCUAUAGCCCCCGCCGCCAACUCCGCUGCAGCAGCAGCAGCAGCGACAACACCAGCAGCAGCCGCAACAGUAUCGACAGCCGCAGCAACAGUUACAACAACACUUUUGCCAACCGAGCCGGAACAUUCUGUACCCAUGCUAUCGGUACAGACGGCCGGCUGCGCGGGAAUGGAGCGGCUCGGCGUUCCGACCCGCACAUCUUUGAGCACACCACCUGAUGAUAGAGAUCAAUUUAGAUGUAGAAUGCGCGUGGAUGCGCUCCAGGCACGUGAGCUUCUGGCUGUACGUGGCGACACUGUGAUUCGUGGCGCCGGCAACAAUCAGCACCAGCAGCAACAACAUCUCCAUCACAGCAGCAGUAGCAGCAACAAGCAACAACAUUCCCACCACCAGCAACAACGCAUGACAACUCCCAGCACGCACAACUCCGGCGGCGGAGGAGGAGGAGCAGGCGGUGACCACCAACACCACCACCAUCACCAGCUGGGCAACAGCAGCAACAACAAUAGUAUUAGCAGUAAUGUGGCGCGAGGCGGCAUAGAAGCUACCACGCUCAAGUACGGAAACACGGGCAGUGGGAGCGGUAGUGGUUGCUACAAGGGCGACUGCGGCAACACCUCAUCCGGAUCCUCGUGCAGUUCGCUGCAGAGCCACAGCAACGACCACCACCAACAUUACCAGUACCAGCUGCAGCAGCAGCAAACUCCCCGCUGUCCCCAUCACGUACCACUGCCGGACAGCGAGUACGGACAGGAUCGACACCUGCAGAUCAGGAGCAGCUAUCAGCAAUCCGAGAUCACCAGAUCGUACACGAAACCGCCGCCCAACAAGACGGUGCGGGAUGUUCCAGAGCAGAUCUCGGCGGGCGGCUGUGGCGUUUCCAGCUCCAGCUACCGUCUCACCACUCUCCAGGCCGCCUCCUCCACAUACACGCCUGCGGGCGUGUCUGUGUCCGCCUCCUCAUCGUCCAGCAAGUCGAAGCCGAAUGCCAUAACCAAGUUCUUUUCACGGAUCAGUUCGCCCAAGUCGCCGCCGAGCUGUACAAUGACCUCGGUCGCCACAGCCUCGCCUGCAUCCUCCGUCUCCAUGUCGUCGUCCGCCUCCUCGCUAGCCUCCUCCGCAUGUGUGUCCACCUCGUCUUCGGCCUCCUCACUGGCUGCUGCGCCCCUGCCCACACUGCCGGUGUCUAAUGCAUCCCUGCUGAAGAGCACGGCCUGUGGCUAUGGCACACUUCCCAGUGGGAUCUACUCAGGACUGGGACCGAGCACGCAACUGCUGACCAGCCUGGGAAACGGAACAAGCGGCAACUGCAGUCCCGAAAGAAUACCUACACCACCGCUGUCUGUCUCAGUGCCAAUCGGAGCUGGCCUGCAGCCGCUGAGGAGCAGCAGCGGCGGGAGUACCAGCAGUACCGCCAGUCUACCCGCCGUUGAGACAACCACAACUACAGCCACCACUCAGUCUUCCUUUGCCGCCGGAGCGACGGGUGAUUUCCCGCUGACCACGAUGAGCCGCAAUAAUUCCAACUCUAGCAUGAUGAGCUACCACUGCAGCUGCAAUAGCCGGAAUUGCAGCCACUGUGCGGCCAACUCAUAACUGAGCUCGUGUUAAGUUUAACUACAUUAAACAAAUCUGGUGGAGCGGAAACCACUGGAGAUUUUAGAACAUUAGUUAAGUUUCAAGUGCUCACUAGCUGAUUUGAACUUCACAAACUAUAAGACUUUGCAUGGUAUUUGAUCAUAAUUUGUAAACUUACCACAGGUCUUGUAUUUUUAAAAGCUUUACUUGAGCUAAAACAUUGCCAAAUUUAGUGAAAUACUUAUCUUUUGUUGUCGAAUCUCCAGAGAUUUGUGCGGCACCUCCAAAAUAUAUAUAAAUUUAUAUAUAUACAUAUAUUUUUUUUAUGUUAGCCUAUGUUUAUCUAUUAUGUUAAAGUUUAACAGAUUUAUUUUAUGUAGGUCUGUCGCCAACUUUUGCGCUGGUACGAAAAGACUGUUUAUUAGUCAGAAUUUAAUUUGUAAAUUUGAGUAACAAGAGGGAAGAAGUUAGAGAAUGAUACGGAGAAGACAUAUGUAUUGCUGCGCUGCCGCCUUUCAAGCACUCACCACAGGCCGUAGAAGGGUCAUUUUUAAGUUAAGUAACAUUAUUUCCAUUCGUCGCUUGAUAAAAGUAAUAAAUCGAAGAUUUUUUGUAGUAUAAACCAAGAAACAUCAAACUUGAAAGAGACAGACACAAUACCACAAAACUUGAAGAAGGGAAUGAGGAAAGUAAAAAACAAAACAUAAGUGAAUAUGUAACUGUAAUUUUAUGAAUGAAUAUUGUAUACACAUUAGUUUCAAUAACUCUAGUUUUAAAUCGAAGCCAACCAACUCUUAACUAUACUCUACCCCCUACCCCUAUCCAAAUACCCUAUUAUUAUUGUACGCAAGGCCUAUGUGCUGGAACACACGAAAAACACACAAACAGUUUUUAGUUCAAUUGAAAUUUGUAUUUGUAUAUUUGCUAACGGAAUUACGAUGUAAAGAAAAAAAAA